UCGAGGGAGGGCAAUUAUUCAGGUUUUGAAAUUUGAACGUGUGGUAGGGCAUCUAAGAGUGACUAAUUAUAGAGAUAAUAGGUUAAAGAAGGUUAAAACAUUUACACUUGAACUCCGUUUUUUCUAUCUUAAAAGAUGCACUUCCAUUCUCUUAAUAUAUAAUUAAAGGUCCAUUUAUAAUAAAUUUUUGGGUAGUUUGGAUGGGUUGCCUAAGGGAUAGCUCCUACUUAAGACAACUCUAAUUAUAAAAUAAGAUUCAUCUCCAUGGGCGUAUUCUAGUGAUGUUCGACUGUAAUAUGGCUAAAUUAAAAUUUUUUCUAAAGUUGUUAGUUUCUCGCUGGCUCCGUCUCCGUUUACGCUCCUGUUGGAGUUCAAUACAACGAAUAUUAAAUCAGUUUCCAGUAGGUAAAGGUGAAGCAACAGGUUUAGCAAUAGGAGAAGAUGUGAGGAUUGCAACGGUGGAGGCAUUAAAUUCUUUUAUUCCGUUGGCUAUUAAAUUGGGACUGAUUCCAGAAUUAAAUUGGAUAUUUGAACAAAUAUCUGAACGUGUUUGUGUGUUGGAAGACUUGAGAGAAUUAACUCAGAAGACAAAUUCCUCAAAUAAAAAUAUUAUAGGAGGACAAGAUAUUAAAUGUGUAAGACGCUUUAUUAAUAGACCUGAACUAUUGGCUAUGCAGGGAAUUGUUGAGAAUUCGAUUCAAGCUUUAAAAAUUGUUCCGAAUGUUGCUAAACAUGUUGUUAGGUGA